ACCCUAAUUUGAGCUAUAAAACCCUCGUUUCUCUAUCAACAAUUUCAUUCCUGCUUUCGUCGUCGAUAUUCAAUCCGGUAGCAGCCGCUUCACACCAUCUCUCUUCAAGCUCUCGAAGAUGGUUCCUCCUCCUAGAGGUCGUGGUGGUGGUGGUGGAUUUAGGGGAAGGGGUGAUAGAGGAAGAGGGAGAGGUGAUGGAGGAGGAAGAGGAGGAGGUAGAGGUACCCCUUUUAAGGCACGAGGUGGCGGUAGAGGAGUAGGAGGAGGCAGGGGUGGCCGAGGAGGAGGCCGUGGUGGCAGAGGAGGAGGAAUGAAGGGAGGGAGCAGAGUUGUUGUUGAGCCUCACAGACAUGAGGGUAUUUUCAUUGCUAAGGGUGGUAAAGAAGAUGCUCUUGUUACUAAGAAUCUGGUUCCUGGUGAAGCUGUUUACAAUGAGAAAAGGGUUACUGUUCAGAAAGAGGAUGGUACAAAAGAGGAAUAUAGAGUUUGGAAUCCUUUCCGCUCCAAGUUGGCUGCUGCCAUCCUUGGUGGGGUUGACAACAUAUGGAUUAAACCUGGAGCCAAAGUCCUUUACCUAGGAGCUGCUUCUGGAACAACUGUUUCUCAUGUGUCUGACAUUGUUGGUCCAACCGGAGUUGUCUAUGCAGUAGAGUUUUCUCAUAGAAGUGGGCGUGAUUUGGUCAAUAUGGCAAAGAAGCGUACCAAUGUUAUACCUAUUAUUGAGGACGCUAGACAUCCAGCUAAGUACAGGAUGUUGGUUGGGAUGGUAGAUGUGGUAUUUUCUGAUGUUGCUCAACCUGAUCAGGCAAGAAUUCUAGGACUGAAUGCUUCAUAUUUUCUCAAAACAGGAGGUCAUUUUGUCAUUUCAAUCAAGGCAAACUGCAUAGAUUCCACUGUCCCUGCUGAGACAGUCUUUGUUAAUGAAGUGAACAAGCUGAAGGCAGAUCAGUUUAAGCCUGCUGAGCAAGUCACCCUUGAACCCUUUGAGCGUGACCAUGCCUGUGUUGUUGGUGGAUACAGAUUGUCAAAGAAGAAGAAAGAUGCUGAAUAGAUUGAAUGCUUUUGAAAAGGCAUGUAUUAAUGUAUUUCUAGCAAAUACCAAGUAGUAAUGUGUUAUUUCAGUGAGACUCUAGAUUUCAUUGUCUUCAUUUUGUCUCCAAGAUAAGGCUGGGAUUAUCAAACAUGUUCCAAUUUUUGGUAGUUAUUUUUCGUUAGUUGCUUUUGGCUGAA